GAAGGAACAGGAGUUGGACUCUGAAGACGCCAUCAUUCUGCAUCAGUUUGCCCGGCCCAAAACUGGAGUCCCUAGCCUGUCCCCCUUUUGCCUGAAGAUAGAAACGUACCUGCGGAUGGCGGACCUGCCCUACCAGAACUAUUUCGAUGGGAAGUUGUCUCCUCAAGGGAAGAUGCCGUGGAUCGCGUAUAAUAAGGAGCAGGUGUGCGGGACAGAGUUCAUCAUCGACUUCCUGGAGGAGAAGCUCGGCGUGAACCUCAACUCCAGCCUGAGUCCUCAGGAGAAAGCCAUCUCACGCGCCAUCACCAAAAUGGUGGAGGAGCACUUCUACUGGACGAUAGCAUACUGCCAAUGGGUGGACAAUGUGGAGGAGACGCAGAAGAUGUUAGCCACAAACAGGCCGCUGAGUGACCUGCUCAGGUGGAUCUUGAGUCAGGUGACCGGCAGCAUCGUGAAGAGA